AUGUACGCUGCUGCAACUAGUGAGUCUGAUUAUAUGCACAAGAUAUCUUUGAAGAUCCUCCCAAAGAAGGGCAAAUCACCGAUUUCCUUAUCCAGUUCUCUGCUGCCUGACUCUGUAGGCACUGGCUUGAAGCCGACUGAGCCAGGAGCAUCACCAAGUAUGCAUACCCAAGUUCACAACCAAGGGCUUUCACUUCCCAUUAUGCUGCUGGCUAAUCAACCUGAAGCUCAGCAACAGUUUUUUAUCUCCAAACUUGCAGAGCACUAUAACUUCUACCGGAGUUCAAUCUUCUGCUAG